UUACAAAAUUUUAAAGACUUAUCCACUCAAGAACAACAUGGACUGAUUAAUUUCUUAAAGAAGUUAGAAGCAACAGAUCCUGUUCGAGUAGAAAAAUUAAGAGGGUUUGUUAAUUUAGGUACUACGUCCAUGUCAUCGAUGCCAAAAAUAAAAUCUCCAACACCAGAGAAUACGGAAACCAGUAUUAAAUUGGGCAGAAGUAUUUCGCCAUUUUCUGUGCUGAAGGGAAAUCAAAAUCCUGUUGAAGAGGAAGAUAAGUGGAAGCCUAAAAUAGACAUGUUUGCAAAUGAUGACGAGGAAGAACAAACUAAGAAUGACAACGAAGACAAGCAAAAGGCGAAAUUGGAUUUAUCAGAUGACGACGAUGAUUAUACAUUUGAAGAUAUUUAUAAAGCAGCAGAUAAGAAUGUUAGCGAAAAUGAGAAGGUGAAGAAAAAGUCACGAGAAUUUUCAAAAUCUGUGUCAAAUUCACCAAGAUCCUGGACACGAUCUCGAUCGCGUUCAAGAUCACGGUCUCCAGUAAGGCCAAAGGAAUUAACAAAAACAAACGAUCCAAAUGCAAUACUAAACGAGACUAAACGAUUAAUCGCUCAUAUAAUGGGAGAUCUUCCAAAUAAGUAUGUGCCAAAGACGCACUUGCCGCUUGCGAAUGGAAAUGUUGAACAAGACGCAUCGAAGCCGUUAGAUCAAAUUCUUAACACGACAAUGGCCCCGCUAUUAAACUUUUACAAUCAAGGAUACGUUCGGAAUACUCAACAAUCGUAUCUCCGUCCACAAGCACCUCCCCUCAGUUAUCCUAACAUACCCAAUCAACAAUUUCAAAGUUAUCCAGAUCAGCAAGUUUACAACAGUAAUCAGAAUUAUGUGGACAAUGGUUACAAUUAUCAAGGAUAUGGUGGUGUAAGCAAUCAGGGUCAAUACAGUGUAUCACCCAUAGCGUCAAAUCAAUAUCCAAAUCAACACUAGGCAAAAUUUGCUUAAAUGAGACAAGUGACUAUUAAUGUAUAAAAUUAUUGGACGUUUUAUUCUUUUCUCAGUGAACUAAGAUUCAAAAACAUUUGUAAUGAAUUCAUAAAAAUUUUUAGCAUGCAUGCAGCCACUGUCUGAAAAUCCAAAUGCAAAUUUGGAGAGAGUUAUUUCUGCAGCAUUAUUUGACAAAGAUUUUUCAUUAAAGAGAACAACGGUUGGGGCAAGAUCACCAGUAGCAUUACUUGUAACCAAAAUAGUGAUGUUUUCUUUCUCAUUAUUAUUAAUAAUGUUAUAAACAUUUUUGCAUUCUUUCGGUGCAUUCAAAAUAGGAGGUUUAGGACUUAAAGCCAGACCUGUCUCAUCACUAUUGAA